CAGCUUUUCUACCAUUUCCAGUGCCUAUACGGAGAGUAUCUUUAUGGAACCCAUUCACCUGUCAUCCUCUGUGGCAGCCAAGAAGAUAAUAAAUGAAGAGCUGAAAACCAAAGAGGUGAAGAUAGAGCCACUGAGCCCCGAGCUCCUGGAGUCUCCUGAACAGCUUCUGGUGGAGGACCUCUACAACCGAGUCAAGGACAAGAUUGAUGACCGCAGCUUGUUCAACACCCCCUGUGUUAUGGACCUACAGAGAGAACUGCUGAAAGACCACCUGGACCACCCACUGAAUGAGGUGGAUGAAGUUUGGCCUAAUGUCUUCAUUGCUGAAAAGAGUGUGGCUGUCAACAAGGGGCGCCUGAAGCGGAUGGGCAUCACUCACAUCCUGAAUGCCGGGCACAACACCACAGUGUUUACGGGGCCUGAAUUCUACACUGGAAUGGAGGUCCAGUACAUGGGCGUUGAAGUCGAUGACUUUCCCGAUUGCGACAUCUCAAAGUUUUUCAGACCGGCUGCCGAGUUCCUUGAUGAAGCUUUGCUCACCUACAGGGGUAAAGUUCUGGUGAACAGUGAGAUGGGCAUGAGCCGAUCAGCAGUCUUAGUUGCAGCGUACUUGAUGAUCUUUCACCACAUGACCAUUCUAGAAGCCCUAAUGACAUUACGUAAAAAGCGAGCAAUCUACCCCAACGACAGCUUUAUUAAACAGCUCAGAGAACUUAAUGAAACUUUGCUUGAAGAACGUGAAUAUUUUGACGUCGAUGACGAUGAUGAUAAUACCAGUCAAGGUUCCGUCAUACAAGCCAAGGCUCAUUCCAUUGUCGUGGAGGAAGAAGAUGUGGAGAGUGUCAUGGGUGCCAAGGCUCACUCUAUCACGGUGGAGGAAGAAGAUACAACUAGCGUCAUGGGCAGUGCCAUGAGCAUGAUGGGAAAGUCAAGUGUGGUUUCAAAACAGCCUACGCUCAUUGAUGAAGAUGAAGAAGAAAAACUUUACGAAGAAUGGAGAAAAAAACAAGGGCUUCCACCUAGAGAGAUACCAACAAAAGAAGGCCCUAAACUCCCAGAAGACGCAGAUGGAGAUUAUGUCCAGCAGAUGAUUUACAACUGGCAGAAGGAAAACAGUAAAUAUCAGUCCCACAACCUUGGAGAUGAUGUAAGUUCUCUAAUGAGCGAGAGAGGAUAUUCGCCAAGUGAAGUAAGUGAUGUGGAAAGCGUCACCUCUCAGGAGAUUCAAAUGCUGAAACGGCAAUUCGCUGCAAGUAGAAUGAAAAAGGGAAGAUCGGACUCCGAAUCUACAGACAGUACCUGGGACAUGUGGAAUGAAAGACUCUUGGAAAUUGAAAAGGAAGCCAAGACUAAGGCUGAGAAAGGAGAUAAAAUCAGAGUCAAGGACAUCGAUGAGGAAAGUCUUUGCUCAGAGGCAGGUUCCCUGUUCAACUUUUGCAAGAAUAACAAAAGUAAGCUCACUGCACUGGAGAGGUGGAAGGUUAAAAGAAUUCAGUUUGGUUACCACAAAAAGGAUUCAGAAACUUCUGAUUCUCAAAGUAAAGAUGAAAAGAAGAAAGAAGAUGAAGAAACCAGCCAGUCAGAUGUUGAUGUAACAGCUUAUCAAGCAUGGAAAUUAAAACAACAAAAGAAAGUAGGCAAUGAAAAUAAAGAUGAAAUUGUCGAAAUUGCCAAAGGUGAAGACAGCGCAGCUGUUAAACGUAGGCAAAGGCGGGCUGAGAUCCUGGAACGCUCCAAGCAGAAUUUAGAAGAGAGCCAAUCUAUUUGUGGUUGGGAUAAUGAAAGUACAUUUAGUGGUACUAUCCCGCUAGCUGCCCUUUUUGCUGGUGCCCAAUCAGCCAGUGGUGCUAGUGACACAGCGUCCAUGUUAAGCAUACAAAGCAACAGAUCACGAGUAUCUCAGGCAAGUCAAGCACAGGUACCCCUAGCUCCUCCACACAAUCUGCCUCCUGGUGCUGGAGAUGCUGUUGCCAUCGAAAGCAUUCAAAAUUGGAUAGCAAAUGUGGUAAAUGAAACCAUAGCUCAAAAAACAAAUGAGAUCAUGAUGAUGUCCCGCGCUUCUUCGGCUAUGAGCAUGACUUCUGGAGAUCUUGGAAGAAGAGUGGAUGAUGAUAGGUCUUCCAUAUUUGGUGCAGCUGGUGGGUCGUGCCUCUCUGGUUCUGGUCUGCAGCAACGGGACUUGAAGAGUACAGACUCUGUGUUGUCGUACAACACAUCAAUGAGUUCAAAUACAAGCGCAUCAAGUACAAAGAGGAAGAUCACCCAAACUAGUGUUCCUUUGUAUGGGCUCUUCAUGGAUGAUGUUGACCUGAAAAAACUUAACCAGAAAGAAAAUGAAAUGAGAGAGGAGCUCACAGGAAAAUUAUCCCAAUAUCGUAAGGAAAAAGUUGUGUCUGAUAACAAGCGCAGCUUUAUGUACAAAAAGAAAAAGGCAAAAGAAAAUGACGAGGAAGAAGAGAAGGAGAGCAUCUCAAGUGCAAAUUUUCAGAGUUCCCGAAUGUCUACACGUCGAGAGUGGGACAAAAGUGAAAAGGAUUCCUUUCUAGGCAGUCAGUAUUCUAGUUCUAAGAGUGCCAGCUCCGAGCUGGAGAGUAAUAUCAGCAAAUGGCUCAGUAAUGUGAAAACCGAAAGCAGAACAUCAGAAAGUGAGAACAAGUCUGAAAAGAUUUCAAGGAGAUCAGACUAUCAGAGAGAGACAAAUUCUGAGGUUGGCAGAUACAGCAAGAGGAUCACAGAAGAAGACCAAGAAGCUUCUUCAUCAUACCAGAGUUACAGGGACACCCAUAGGUCUUCAUCAAGGUUUUCAGCUUCCUCAGAAGAAGACAGCAGCUAUGUAUGGAAGUCUAAAGCUCAUGAUGCUCAGUACAUGAAGAAUGAGAGCCCUGAACCCCACCUCAGUGACCAUUCAGAAGAUAGAAAUGGAUUGGAUGACUUUGACUUCUCCAGCACUAGGAGAUCUAGAACAAGUAAUUUUCAAGAUCUUGAAGAAUCCAGUGAGACAAAUUCAUUCAAUUCCAGCUCCAAAAGAAAAUGUACUCCAAGCUUCCGGAAGAGUGAAGAUGAUGAGGACAAAGAGAAUGGAGAUCCAAUGGAAAGUCAAAGUUCUGAGGGAAGAUGGUCUCAGUAUAGAAAGAACAAAGAGGAAGCAGAAGAAAUGGAUGAUGAUGACGCUAUCAUUGCUGCCUGGAGGAACCGGCAGGAAGAAACUAAAGCAAGGCUUCGGAGAUGCAAAGAAGAAGACUAA